UCCCCACCACAGUCACCCAAGAAAAAAAACGAUGUGGAUGUGAAAAAAGUUUCUCUGGCCUGUUUUGUGAUUGAAAAAUGCAUGAAAAUGUGAUGAAAAUUGUGUAAAAUUAGUGUUAAAAUGUGAAAAAGUGUCCCAAUAGUGAAUUCCUGCUGAAGGAUAUCCAGAAAAAGUGGUUAAUCAUUCCAAAAAAUAGGAUUAUUUCUCACUCUGCAGCUCCCAAAAAAAAAACCCUCUAGCCAUCAUGAAUAUAAUGCGGAAGUUGAGGAGUGGAGCUGUUGGUAGUGACAGUUCUGGAGAAUUAUCUCUAGAAUCUUCAAGUCAUACUGAAUUGGGUCUGAUGCACCUCAAGAAACUCUUCAAUGAAUAUACCCAUCCGAAGGAGCCACUCAGUGAGACUGAAAGGGAUUAUAAGCUCUACAAUAUGCUUCCACUGUUUUGCAAAGUAUUUGGCUCUACGAAUUCAAGUGAUAUGAAUGAACAGUUUUGGGAUAUAUUGGCUUUUGCCCAGCAAGUUUCGCGUUUGAUGGUGUCAGAGAUUCGACGGAGGGCUUCGAAUCAGAGCACAGAAGCUGCUUCCAUUGCCAUUGUGAAGUUCUUUGAGAUUGAGAAUAGUGAGGAAUCGAGCAAUGGAUGGAUGUUGCUGUCUGCUCUGAAUCUCUUGGCUGUGGGAGAUGCCUCAUUGAUUCAGGUUAUGACAACAGCUUCAGUACCCUCAACACUUGUCAAAUGCCUCUAUUUGUUCUUUGAUCUGCCGGAAAUUCCCGAAGAGGAAGCCGAUCGGGAUGAUGGAAGUGAAUUUACACAGAGAGAAAGACGGAUACUGCUACAGAAGAUUUUUGUGCAGGUCCUUGUCAAACUCUGUUCAUUUCCGUAUCCGGCUGAGGAAUUGGCCAAAAUGGAUGAUCUCACACUACUCUUCUCAGCCAUUACAUCUCAAUGUCCAGCACAUAAUGUUAUGUGGAGAAAAUCUGCUGCCGAAGUACUAACAACCCUCUCCAGGCACGGACUCACGGGACCUGUUGUGGACUACAUUCACUCCAAAGGAUGUAUGGCAUUGUGCAUUGACAAUAUGCAGAGAGUGCCACAGUUGACGCCUCUGGAGGUGGUUGAGAUGCUUGUGGCGGUCUUUUGUUUCCUCAAGGACUCGAGUGAGGUGUCUCAGAUACUUCUUGAUGACUUCCGAGCAUGUCAGGGAUACAGUUUCCUGGCGGAUUUCAUCAUAAAGCUCGACAAUGAUCGACAGAAGAAUUCUGAGGCUCAGGCAGCCAUCAGGAAUCUCGUUCUGAUGAUUGCUUCACUGUGCAUGUGUGGCUACACUGAAUUGCGUCCGAAUCUCAAUCAAUCGGGAUCCCUGUUCCAAAUGCAGGGCUUCACAAUGCCUCAAACAUCAUCCCGCGGGACGUGCAUUCGGAAUGUUCAUGCCUUUCAGGUGCUUCAGACAAUUUUUCUCAAAUCCAACUCAACUCCACUCUGUUGCAAUAUUCUCGAUGCCAUUUCGAGUGUCUAUCACUCAGACAAUGCCAAUUACUUCAUCUUGGAGUCCCAGAACACACUGUGUCAAUUCACGGAGAAGAUCCAUGUUAAGAGUCAGGAGAUUCAGGAGAAAUUCUUCGAACUGCUGGAAUUCAUUGUGUUUCAACUGAAUUUUGUACCAUGCAAGGAAUUGAUCUCAAUGUCAAUUUUGCUAAAGAGCAAUUUAUCAAUUGACUGCAGUAUUUCCUGUAUGAAGACCCUGCUCAACAUUCUCAAGCACAACAAUGUGUUCAAGGAUGCAUAUCGGGAAGUGGGAAUACUGGAGGUGUUUGUGACAUGUCUCCAGCGCUACGAGACGUUCCUGAUGAAGUACAUUGGGGAGCAUGGGAAGAGUGUUGAGGAUGAAUUCCGGGAGGAAUUGGAGGGGAAUCAGAGUGAGAAUUUAGGCAGAAUGAUCAUAAGUGCCCUGAUAAUUUUGCUAAAUGCCAACAAUGCCAAUGCAAAUGUUUUCCGGGAGAGUGGUGGAGCAAAGUGUGUGCAUGAUAUGGUGAAAUUUGCCCAUUGUCGGGAAGGUAUUCUGGGAGUGAUAAGGGAAUUGAUAUUGUCAGCUGGAGGAGAUGAUGAUAUGCUAUUUAUACUGAGUACAAUGCAUUCGGCUCCGUCGAAUAAGAUUCAGUUGAAAAUUCAAAUUUUGAAAAUUCUACUUGGAUGCCUGAGGGAUAGUCAUAGGACAAGGACGAUUUUCCGGAAGGUGGGAGGAUUUGUCUAUGUGACGAGUGUUUUUGUGUCCCUGGAUGGGAUUCUGGGGAAUGUUGUGCAGAAUAGGGUGGAGGUUGGAGAGGAGGAAUUGAGGAUUGAAUUCAGUACGCUUCUGCAAUUGUUGAAUAUUGUCUGUCAGACUUUGGCCACAGCGAUGAGAUUUGAACCGGCAAAUGCUAAGUUCUUCCAUCAGGAGAUUUGUAGUACGAGUUUUUGCGAUACAUUGAGGCUACUGGGGUGCUUUGGGACAAAGAGUCAACUGGAAAGUUUGACUCCUGCUCCGAAGAAUCUGGAGGAGUUCCAGGGAUAUUUCCAUGGAGUUUUUGUGGGGAAUGUCCUGGAGCCGGAACUGAAGGAGGAUAUUCCGCUUUCUCUGAUUUUGGCUUGCUUGAUCUAUCGGUUGUUGUAUGAUAUUUCCAUUGAUAACUUCGAUAAGCCCAAUUUGAGUGGAGUUGUGGGGAUUCUGGCCCAGAGUGGGCAGCAGAAGAAGGUUGUGGCGAAGGCUGGGGAUAUCAGGAGUUCAAUUCAGAGUCUCAAUCUCAGUCAACAGCCACCGGAACCGCUAAUUGUUCAUCCGGGCGUUGUGAUGUGCAUGCUGCAGUUGCUGCCGUCAAUUGAAUGCGAUGGAGAAGUUGAUGCCAGUUACUCACUUCAGACCUACAUGGCUGAGGUGAUUAAGAGCCUGGUGAGGAGUGAGAGGAAUCAGCAGAUAAUGUGUGAGGCCGGAUUGGCUGGGCAAUUGCUCAAAUUGGGCACAAAUCCUCUCAAUGAUGAACAGAAUCUUCUGCACAUUCCACUUCAGUACAUUCUUGAGCGUCUGGCAGCUCAGGCUCUUCAGCCGGCUGAGUUGAGGGCUUUCCUCAGGCUUGGGGAUCCUCUGCAUUGUCAGAGUCCGGAUUUCCGGGCGGCGUACAAAGCAGGAGGAUCGGUUCCUCUGACGAGAAUCAAGACCCUCGUCUCAAUGACAACUCCCCGGGAUUUCCGGGCACAUGGAUCCUGUACUCUUCCUCCGUUUAUUGAGAUGGACAUGUCCUCUGAGGGAUUUGCCAGUAUCUUUCUGCCCAGUAUUGCUCCCCAAGCCCCAAAUAUCGGUGGGAAUAUUGAUACAAAUACCAUUGGAGGGAUCGGAGCUGGUGACAGAAUCUUUCCUCCACAGUCCGGAUUGUCCUAUUCCACGUGGUUCUGCGUGGAUAAAUUCUCAGAUCCCCGAACAGAUCCGCACUGUGUCAGAUUGUUGACGCUGGUGAGGACAGUGAAGAAUCUCUGGGAGGACAAUUUGGUCUGCCUAACUCUGCUACUCUCCGCCCGGGAUAAGGCAAUAAUUGUGUCAACGCAGGAGACAAUUGUUCCACAGAAUGCUGGAGAAUGGGAACCAGAUGGCACGGGAGACAGUGGAGCUAGAAUUUGGUGUCCGGAUCUCCUGCACGAAGGCCAAUGGCAUCAUCUAGUCGUAGUCCUCAAUCGAGCUGUCCUCAAAAAUUCCAGUUUCUCCCUCUUUCUCGAUGGGCAGCAUAUGCACACGCAAAAAUUGCAUUUCAUCUCACAGAAUCCCGGAGCUGGAGCCCCUAAUCUCACUGUUGCAACUUCCGUGUAUGCUUUCAUCGGAACUCCGCCGGCCUGGAGGAGGUAUUCAAGGUUGUGCUGGAAGCAGGGUGUUUGUCAUUUGAUUGAGGAUGUUAUUAGUCCACAAAUGGUCGUUACCAUCUUCAAUCUAGGGCCCCAUUACAUGGGAUCGCUUCAGGCACCGCAAGUUCGGAAACAGAUGGAACCGCUAGGGCCGUUAAUUCCGGAAGAAAGAGUAAUGUUCGGGCUAAAUGCCAAAGCAAUCUCUCAGUUGACACUGGCAAAGAUCCGCAAAGUUUACAGUCGGGCAGACAAUAAGACCAUAGCCAAGCAGCUGGGAAUGAGUUCCCAUGAGAAUGCCACUCCCAUUAGGAUCCUCCACAAUUCCGCUGGACAUCUGGCAGGACCAGCAAGAUCUCUCGGUGGGGUCUUAGUAGGCUAUCUAGGAGUCAGAGUGUUCAGUCCUCAUCCCGUUUCUGCCAUGAUUGAGACCGUUGGAGGAUGUAGUAUCCUCCUUGGGAUCAUUGGGAUGGCUCAAGAUGUUGAGAGUCUCUAUGCAGGAGUCAAAGCUCUAACCUGCGUUGUACGUAGCAAUAGAGCAACUCAAAGUGAAAUGGACAGGAAACGUGGCUAUCAAACCCUCGGAAUGUUCUUCAAGAAGAAGAAAAAUCUCCUCAAUUCCCACAUCCUCCACCUAACCUUUAGCCUCGUCGGAACAGUCAAUAGUGGUCAGGAAACUUCAGCCAUUCCCAAUGUAACAGCUUUCCAGGAUCUCCUGUGUGAUCUGGAAGUUUGGCAAGGAAGUCCCAAUGGUCUCCUAAGAUCCCUUCUCGAACACCUUGUCCAAUUGGCUUCGGAAUCCAGCGAGAAGAGGACAAAUAUCAAGAUCAUGAGGGAUUUGCAGCUGGUGAUGAAACUCCUGCAUAUCAUCUUUGAUAUUCACGAUGAACCAACAACGGAGAUUCUCUUUUCUCUUCUGUCCAUUCUGCUGGGUGGGCAACCGAGGCAUGCAGAUCUUCUGCUCUUUGGGCAGUUCAUUGCGGCCAGGUUACCGCAGGAAUCAUCGGAUGCGGAGAGGAAUGUGGUGCUGGGAGAGGCUCAGAAUUCCCAGAAGGACAAUAGCACUGUGCGAUGCCUGGUGGUGAGGAAUCGAUGCUUAGGCAUGCUGCAUGGACUCCUCUUUACAGCUCGCAAUACAGUGAACACCAUCAUCUGUGAUGACAUCUCCAAGGUGCUGGGUAUGGAUUGGUUACUCCUGUUCCAUCAGGCUCACAUCCAUCCCAGCAGUGUCGUAUGGUCCAUGCGAAUACUUGUGGUGCUGUGCGCUAAUGAGACAAUAAUUGGCAGAUUCCGCGAUGGGACUCAUAAUGGUGGCUAUCUCAGGCACACGGAUAUUGUGUCUCAGAAUAAAAGUAUGACUGUCCUGGCGACCUCUUCGCCGGUCAAUACCAGCUCAAUGAUGCAACCGGGAACGGUUCUUCCAACUCAAUUGGCAGCUGAAGUGAAGACAGGAGUACUCCAUGUACCUGGAUUUCAGUACUUGGAGUGGCUUCUGCCGCAACAUCUGGAAAUUCCAGAGCUGUAUUUCCUCCUGAUUGCUCUGAUAAUGGGUCAACCGGUGAAAUCACUGGCGUCUGAUCACAAAAAUCUCGAUCUGGACAAAGUCUGGACAUUUCUGUGGGGCGGAACAGUUACACAGGCUUCAAUGGGAUCCAUUGGGCCAAAGGUGAAUCUGUGUCCGGAAGCUGUGUGUGUUUUAUUGGCCAUGGUCAGGAGAAUUGUGCACACAGACACGAGCCUUGAGUGGCUGAAGAGUCAUCCGGUGACAAUAAUUCAAGUGUUAUUUUCUCUCUAUCACAAUUUGCCGGAUUUUAUGCCAGUUGUGAUGUCGGGAGAUGUGAUUAAUUCGCUGUCGGGCAUUUUGUUUCCGGAGGGGAAGUUUGAGGGGGAAUCGGGCCCGAAUAGUCCGACGGAGGAGCAAUUGUGUGGAGUAAUGGUGAUGAUUCCGCCGACACAGGAGAGUUCCCUGACUAAACAUCCUGUCCGGAAGUUUAUCAUUGACUUCUUGAGGGUUAUUAUUGUGGAUUCCAUGAGUCUUUCGGCUACAGGGAAGGCAUCUCCGGUGGUUGAUCUUGUGUUGGAUUCAUCACCGGAAUCGAGUGAUUUGACACAGCAAAUUGAAUUUCAGACUGAGAUUAUUUCAGCUCUGAUGGAUCAUUUGCUGGCAGCUGAUGUUCUUGUGGGUGAACAAGCUGCUCUGCCAAUUGUUCCUCUGCUCCAGAGUCACAUUCAGAAUGUUGUGCCCAAUGUCUUUUACGUGACAGCGAGGAUUGUGGAUAAAUUGUGGCAGGGAUGCCUCAAUAAAGAUCCCCAUGAGAUUUUUGAUUUUAUCGUGAAGUUAAUUGGUCAGGCUAAGAGGCGAUCAUCAUCUCUGUCACUUGAGCAACUCCAUCAUUCCCUCAAUCGGACAAUUCUCUACCUUUUGUCACGCUCAACGGAUUCUGUGGCUGAUCAGAUGGCUGUCCUGGAGGCCCUUCAUAAACUAACAACAAAUCGAUUGUUGAUUUUCGGUGCUGGGAAUCAUGAAUUGGAUUUCAUUGGUUGCCUCACUUACUGUCUCCUUCAACUCACGUCAGACAUGAAAAUCCUCCUGGAACAGAAUUCUGCCGGCAGAACAACUACGUGGCAUGUCAAUCCCACCAAUGAAAUGAUAGAAUCCCGCGAUGAUUUUCUCAAUCAGCAUCAGGGCAAAAAUCUAAUUGCUGGAGCGGCUUUUCGCGUCUGGGAAGAACUCUAUGUCUGCAAGAAGCCAGCAAUUGAGGAAGUUUUCAAGGUUAGCCUAACCCCACCGGCAAAUAAUGCCAAAGCUCCUGACCUCACGGUCACCAGGGAUCAAAUUGUGGAGGCAGCGACGAAACUCUGGUUCAACUAUGUCGAGAGCGAGAGGAAGGCUACGUACCGGGUGCCAUGGGAAUUCCACAAUCAAAUCCAGUCGAAGAUUCAGAAGGUCACAGGAGGCCUAACUCGCCUGGCUAGCCGGACAAAGGUGAAGAAGGAGGACUAUGUGAGGACAAAGAGUCAAUUGACAAAGAGCAAAGCCUAUCAGUGGACAGCAAUUAAUGUUGGUCUGGUGAGAGAUCUCUGGGACAUUCGCUAUGCUCAGCACAAUCAGAUGAUGCAGCACAUUCGGCGUUAUGUAUAUCAGGAGUGGAUUCAGUCGGAAACUGAGUUGACGCGCGAAAGGGGUCUCUGGGGACCGGUAAAGGGAACUACGCUGGAAAAGUGGAUGCUAGAUUCGACAGAAGGACCACACAGGAUGCGCAAGAAGACAAUGAGGAAUGAUAUGUUCUAUUUUCACUAUCCAUAUCGUCCGGAACUUGAGCUACCUGACAAUCGUCAAUUGAAAUACAAAGUUGCCACGAGUUUCGACAGCAAAUUCUACUCACAGUACUGUCAGCAAUCGCCCAAAGUACUCUGUGAGAUGGAUUCGCUGUUUGAGGGUCAGAAGCUGGACAAUCAGCUGUCGACAGUGGAAGUACCUCCAGUUCUGGAGAGGAGUCAGAGUGAACCUGGGGAGGAUAUUGAUGAGGAAGAGGAGGAAGUGUCGCAUGUGUCGGACAAUCAGACACUUCUGAGGAUGCUGGAGGAGCAAGAGAAGAUUUCGCAUAUGUUUAGGUGUGCUCGGAUUCAGGGUUUGGAUACCACGGAGGGAUUGUUGUUGUUUGGCAAGGAGCACUGUUACAUUGUUGAUGGGUUUACAUUGCUCAAAAAUCGGGAGAUUCGGGACAUUGAUUCGAUUCCGGUGAGAGCCUAUGAUCCAAUUCUGCCCAAUCCGGGUAGUCCAAGGAGAUCUCAGACAAUCAGACAAUGCUCAAAGUUCUCGUAUGAAGAUAUCCGGGAGGUGCACAAGAGGCGAUACCUGCUCCAACCAAUUGCCCUGGAAGUAUUUUCUGGGGAUGGUAGGAAUUAUUUGUUGAGCUUCCCACGAAAGGUGAGAAAUAAGGUUUAUCAGAGAUUCAUGUCCACGGCAACUUCAAUUGCUGACAGUGCUCAGCAAUCUGUGGCCGGGCAGAAGAGAACGGCCAGUGUAGAGCAAACUUCGGGGAUUUUUAGUAGUUUAAUUGGGGAGACAUCGGUGACACAGCGAUGGGUUCGUGGUGAAAUAUCAAAUUUCCAGUAUCUGAUGCAUUUAAAUACUCUGGCCGGAAGGUCUUACAAUGAUCUCAUGCAGUAUCCGGUAUUUCCCUGGAUAUUGGCUGAUUAUGAGUCCGAUGAGAUUGAUCUCAGCAAUCCGGCGUCCUUUAGGGACUUUUCCAAGCCAAUGGGAGCACAAUCUGGCGAGAGAUUGGAGCAAUUUCAGAAGCGCUACAAGGAAUGGGAUGAUCCUCAGGGAGAAACUCCACCAUAUCACUAUGGGACCCAUUACAGUUCCGCUAUGAUUGUCUGCAGCUACUUGGUCAGGCUGGAACCCUUCACGCAGCAUUUCCUAAGGCUCCAAGGUGGACAUUUUGAUCUGGCUGAUCGAAUGUUUCACAGUGUCAAGGAAGCCUGGUUGUCCGCUUCGAAGUACAACAUGGCAGAUGUCAAGGAACUCAUUCCGGAAUUUUUCUACCUUCCGGAAUUCCUGGCUAAUGCCAAUAACUUCGAUUUGGGCACGAAGCAGAAUGGGGAAUCCCUCGGGGAUAUCGUUCUGCCUCCGUGGGCUAAGGAUGACCCUAGGGAAUUUAUCAGGAUGCACCGACAGGCCCUGGAAUGCGACUAUGUCAGUCAGAAUCUGCAUCAGUGGAUUGAUCUGAUCUUUGGGUACAAGCAACAAGGACCAGCAGCUGUGGAUGCAGUCAAUGUGUUCCAUCAUCUUUUCUACGAGGGAAAUGUUGACAUUUACAACAUUGAUGAUCCUCUGAAGAAAAAUGCCACAAUUGGCUUCAUUAACAAUUUCGGUCAGAUUCCCAAGCAACUCUUCAAAAAACCCCAUCCCAGUAAGAAGAUGACUCUGUCAAAGCACGGAGUUAUCGAUCCCAAUCCCUUACUCCCCGGAACUACCAUCCUUCAAUCAGAUAAACUCUUCUUCCACAAUCUGGACAAUCUAAAGCCUAGUCUGCAGCCAAUAAAGGAGCUCAAAGGACCCGUUGGGCAAAUAAUUCAGCCGGAUAAAACAGUCCUAGCCGUUGAGCAGAAUAAGGUACUAAUGCCUCCGUCUUAUGCGAAAUACAUCGCAUGGGGCUUUGCUGAUCAUUCUCUAAGGAUUGGCAUCUACGAAUCAGAUCGUGUACUUUUUGUCUGUGAAACAGUUGCGCAGAAUUUCGGAGAGAUCCUCACGUGCGCCUGUCCCAAUGCCAGAACAAUUAUCACAGCAGGAACCAGCUCGGUGGUUACAGUUUGGGAAUUUGACUCAAGGAAGAAGAUGCUAGCUCUCAAGCAAUCUCUGCAUGGUCACACAGACGCUAUCACAUGCUUGGCCGCUAGUCCGGCCUUCAAUGUGAUCGUGUCCGGGUCGAGGGAUGGUACAGCGAUUGUCUGGGACAUGGCCAGGUACACUUUUGUGCGUCAACUGAGGGAUCACGUAGGCGUUGUAGCGGCAGUUUGCGUCAACGAGCUGACGGGAGAUAUUGCAACUUGCUCAGCAACUUGGUUGUACAUUUGGUCCAUCAACGGACACGCUCUGGCCAAUGUUAAUACGAGCAUUGGGAGCAUCGAUCGAAUGCAGCAGAUCCUUUGCGUUGCUUUCUCCUCGAAGCGUGAAUGGGAUCAGCAGAAUGUGAUAAUAACAGGAUCAACAGAUGGCGUUGUGAGGAUGUGGUCAAUGGAGUACGUUCAGAUUCCCAUUGAGGAGAAGGAAAAGAAGGCAAGUGUUGAGGCAAAAUCCUCGAAAUCUCAGAAGGAAGACACGAAUAUAAUCAAGCAAAUCAGCGAGGAGUGUAGCGGAGGAAUUGACAAGAGUCCCAGUGAGAGUAGCUUAUCAGAGGCAUGUGACAGUGUCAAGGAGACAUCGAAGCGUUUUGAGGCUGAAAAGGAGGAUUGCAGUGAGAAUGAUGAGACACCGAGUCUCAGGGAUGACGAUGAACCACCAAUUCCGCCAAUCAGGAAGAAGCAUAGUAUUUCAGCAGCUAAAUCUCUCCAUGAAUUCCGAGAAGAGGACCCAGAGCUCGUGGUGGAACACAAAAACGAGACCCAAGGGAAGAAUGGAGACAGUGGCGAGGAGCAAUCUAGAGGAAUCAGGCCCAGCAAGUCAGAGACCAGCAUAACAGGUUCUUUCGUGGUGAUUGAGAAUGACAGUGCAAAGAAAUCAACGCAGAAUACGCUGAGAUCAGGCUUUAAAUGGCAACGUCAGCUGCUCUUUCGUUCAAAACUAACGAUGCAUACGGCCUACGAUCGCAAGGACAACACCGAACCGGCCAGUAUUACGUCCUUGGCUGUUUCGAAGGAUCACAGGACAUUGUAUGUAGGGGAUGCCAGGGGCAGGCUUUUCUCCUGGAGUGUUUGUGAGCAACCAGGAAGAAGUAUGGCCGAUCACUGGCUGAAGGAUGAAGGUGCUGAUCAGUGCAUCAACUGCAGUGUUCGGUUUACGCUGUACGAGCGAAAGCACCACUGUAGGAACUGUGGUCAGGUAUUUUGCAACAAAUGCAGUCGAUUUGAGUCGGAAAUCUCACGAUUGAGGAUCCUGAAGCCUGUUAGAGUGUGUCAGAAGUGCUACCAAUCCCUCAAACAGUCAAAUGAAACAUCGUAGAGACCCUGUAGAAAAUAUUUAAAAAGAAAAAAACUCCCAAGAAGCUACAAGCAAAUCAGAGGGAAGUGAGAUUAGUUGCAAUGUUAGAUUGAUAGUUGAAACCAAAAGUAUUUAUACUUGUAUAAAAAAAAAUGGAAAACUCCCAAGUAAAAUUGAGUAUUUAGCUGAAGACAGUGAAUCAACUAGUGAGUCGCCCCUUUAAAUGAAACAAGAAAAAAAACUGCAUGAAAAAAGAUAUAUAGGCUCUAUAGAGAGAAAUUAUUGAAGAAAAAAAAAACAGGAGAUUGUGUAAAAGGUAAUUGUACAAUGUAGAUGAGACAAAAAAAGUUAUUUAAACGUGAAAAAAAUUGUAGAGAAAAAAUUGCAUGACAUAAUUGUGAGAUAAAAACAAAAAUGCUGUUCUGCAGUAAAUUUGCAAAAUUUAAUGCAGAAACCAAGAGCGAGACUUUAGGCAAAAGUAAAAUCUAUAUAUACUUCAUCUGUAAUGUAAAAUCCUCAUCUCUCUGUUUAGCUAAAAAAAAGGAAUAUUUAUUUAUUGUGAUUUUUUUUUAUUUUACAAAAAUGUGGUAUAUACAAGAGGAGAAGAGAAACAGAUAAAUACAAUAAAUUGACAAAUAUCUAUACAAAAAAA